UGAGUUAAUAGGACUCGGUAUUGGGAACUUCAUGUACUAUCUUAUAAUUAAUGAUCCCCUCUGUGUAAGAUUAACUAAGAGGCCUGGUUUAUUAGCUGGAUGACAAUCCCUCAUUCAGUGCCUCAAUCAGGCAGCGGGGGCUCUGUGCUGAGGGCUGGCAGGGAGCUGGUUAACACUGACACGGCUGGCUGGUUUUAAUAGGGAGGUAGUGGAGAGAGGGCGAGGUACAGCACACAGCACAGCCGACACCUGCAAACACUUGACUGGACUUGGACUCUGGAAUACUAACGGAUUUGCUUCUCAUGAUAUUGUGAAAGAUGACAGUGCGACUGGAAUUGGGAAAGUUUUUCUGAGCUCCGCGUUUAUUCUCAAAGGGUAAGCGGUUAAUGAACGCAAGAAUAGUUGUUUUAACUGAGCCGACUGGAAACUUUGGCAACUGAGAAAGAACGAAGAAACAACCUACAGUACAAGCCUACAAACAAAUGGACAUUGACGCAUUGAGGUGUGUUUUGUGACUGUUUUGUUCGCAUCGGACAGCUGUGCCACGGAAUGUAACAUCUUCCAUCUUAAGUUACCUGGACAAGAAAUCUCGGUGGGUAAACUGCUGCUGUCAUUAUCAUGAUCAUGAUGCAAACCCUGCUCCUCAUCCUGAACUUAUGUGUCUGGGGUUGUCAUUGCAACGCCCGCACAACACCCCGAGUGCACCUGUCAUAUAGAGAGUUACUAGAGACAAAAACCAUACGGCCGUUCAGUUUCUCCUUCAACACCAGCGACUACAGAAUCCUGCAUAUGGACCAAGACCAAGGCCGGCUCUACCUGGGCAGCCGUGAAUAUCUAGUCUCUCUAGACAUGCAAAAUGUCAAUAAAGAACCCCUUAUUAUUCACUGGCCAGCAACAGCACAAAGAAAAGGGGAGUGUAAAUUAACUGGCAAAGGUGGACAGGGAGAGUGUGCUAACUUUGUGCGUCUGAUUGAGCCGUGGAACAGGACUCACCUGUACACCUGCGGCACAGGAGCUUAUAAACCCAUCUGCACUUUCCUCAACAGAGGCUGGAGAGCUGAGGAAUACCUGUUCCGGCUGGUUCCUGGUUAUAUGGACUCUGGAAAAGGAAAGUCUCCUUACGAUCCCCGGCAGGAGAAUGCAGCAGCUUUGAUAAAUGGGAACCUGUAUGCUGGAGUACAUGUGGACUUUAUGGGUACAGAUCCAGCCAUCUUCAGAACCUUGGGAGACCGUCCCGCUGUCAGAACCGAGCAGUAUGAUUCCCGAUGGUUGAAUGAGCCUGUGUUUAUAAAAAUCCAGAAGAUUCCAGACAGUGCAGAGAAGAAUGAUGAUAAGCUUUACUUCUUCUUUCGGGAGAAGAGUUUAGAUGCUUCGGGGGGCAGCGCUCCGAGCGUCCUCGCCAGAGUAGGCAGAGUCUGUCUGAAUGAUGAUGGAGGUCAGAGGUCAUUGGUGAAUAAGUGGACAACGUUCCUCAAAGCACGGCUGGUCUGUUCUGUGAUUGGUGCAGAUGGUGUUGAAACUUACUUUGAUGAAUUGAGAGAUGUUUUCAUCCAGAGGACCCAUGAUGAACGGAACCCCAUUGUGUAUGCUGUGUUCUCCACAGCUGGCUCUGUGUUUAAGGGCUCUGCCGUGUGUGUGUACUCAAUGGCAGACAUCAGAAAUGUCUUCAAUGGACCCUUCUCUCACAAACAUGGCCACAACUACCAGUGGACACCUUAUACUGGCAAAAUUCCUUACCCUCGCCCGGGGACUUGUCCUGGAGGAACCUUCACCCCUGAUCUCCACACCACUAAAGCCUUCUCUGACGAGGCUGUAAACUUUGUCCGCGCCCAUCCGCUGAUGUAUCAACCUAUAUAUCCAAUACACAAGCGCCCACUGGUGGUCAGGACUGGAGUUGACUACCGUUUCACCACUAUUGCUGUGGAUCUGGUGGAUGCUGUGGAUGGAAGAUAUGAGGUGCUGUUCCUGGGCACAGAUCGUGGCACAGUCCAGAAGGUGAUUGUCUUACCAAAAGACAUCAGCACAACAGAAGAGCUCAUUUUGGAGGAGGUUGAGGUUUUUAAGACUCCAGCUGCUGUCAAAACUUUGAAGAUUUCUUCUAAAAGGCAACAGUUGUACGUGUCUUCAGAAAGGGGACUUACCCAGGUGUCCUUGCACAGGUGUGCCGUUUAUGGCAAGGCCUGUUCAGACUGCUGCCUGGCCCGUGACCCCUACUGUGCCUGGGAUGGAGAACACUGCUCUGCUUUCACUCCGGCUACCAAGAGGAGAAGCAGAAGGCAAGAUAUCAAACAUGGAGAUCCUUUACGGCAGUGCAGAGGAUUCAAUGCUAAAGAGAAGCGUCUGAGGGAGACGGUGCAGUUUGGGGUUGAGGGGAGCAGCACGUUCCUGGAGUGCCAGCCAAGAUCUCCGCAGGCCUCUGUCAAAUGGCUCUACCAGAAGGACGGCAAGCGAAAAGCACUCAGUCGAGACAAAGAUGUCUUGAAGACUGGUCAUGGCAUCCUGCUGAAAUCUCUCACCCAAUUGGAUGCCGGCCUUUACCACUGCCUGGCAACCGAGAACAACUUCAAGCACACCGUGGCACGCAUCUCCUUACGGAUCCUGGACCGGGAGAUUGUGGAGGCGCUGACUGAGUCAGACGUCCCAAUCGAACCAGAGCACCGCCGCCACCAUUCCCAUCACCACCCUCCACCGCCGCCCCCUCCCCCUCAGACCAACCCACCUGCUCUCAAGCUCCACCCACAGCCUGAAGUGCGUCUCAUCAACCAGUACUGCCAGUCCUACAGGCAGCAGAUACAAAGCCAGCCACACAAAGCCAAACGCAACAACCGCAGGCACACGGGAGAACAGGAAGGGGAGGAGCUACAGGAGCAGUGAAUGGAACAGCACCUGGGACCCUGCUGACCAUGUCCCGUCCAUGUGCCCCAUCAUUAUGUACUUCCUCGGCAAACUUGGUCCAUUUAAUAAAAUGAUUCAUUAGUUUA